GCCUGUAGGCCCAAUAACAACUCCUUCUCUUCCUUCUAUAGCACCGUGGAACAUGAUAGUUUUAUGUGAAAUGCUGUAAACAAACGGCAACACAUUGUUUGGAAUUCGGGUUGUUUGGGGGUUCUAGAACGUUCUAGAACACUGCGGUAGCUGUCCGUACCCGUUCUAGAACAUUGUCAAUGGUAACGGUAACCGCUCUAGAACGUAUGAAAGGAUGCAGUGCCGGGAAUUGUCAGCUCUUGUCCCGCCGGCUGUUGCCGUGGUGACCGGUGUGGAGAUAAUAGCAGUUAAUGAGAUAUUAACCCCGAAUAAGGAAGAAGACAGGAAGUGAUGAGCGUUUGCAGGAAAGACUAAAGACAGGAUUCGUCAAUGGAUGACCCCGGCCGGAUCAAUAUUGUUCUGUUAUUCGGCGUCGGUAACAAGCAGUCCCGACCCCGUCCCUCUGAGACCGAAGAGGAAUAAACCACAAUCAAAGGAUGGCGCCAGCAAGCGGCCUCACUCCCUUGUCUCCCUCCGAGUCCUUGCACACCAAUCUCAUCAUCCCAGUGGUUCAAAGAUGAAGAUAUCAGGAUGUCUAAAGCAGCAGAGGAGGAGAAGCCUGGGGCUGAGUAUCCAGGGGACAGUUCAGACUCUGACAGAAACAGCCCUGAUGACCAGGUCCAGCCGAUGAAAACAAGCCCCUUCAGCGUCUCUCCCACACCGGCUGGCAGCAAGGGAAAGAGCGAGGAGAGCUCUGAGAUGACACACAGCACCGUUCACCCUGCUCCUCCUGCACCUCCCUCCCAACAACAACAACAACAGCAGCAGCAGCAGCAGCAACAACAACAACAACAGCAACAGCAACAGCAACAACAACAACAUCACCAUACACAGCUGAUGCUGGCUGGCAGUCAGCUAGCAGGGCUUGCCGCUCUCCUUCCGGCCCAGCAGCAGCUGCUCCUGCAACAGGCUCAGGCUCAGCUCCUGGCGGCCGCCGUCCAGCAGUCCAACGCGGCCCACGCCGCUCACGCUGCCCACGCCGCCGCGCAGCAACAAGCCAACCAGCAGCAGCAGCAGCAGAACCAAUCACAAUCCCAGCAGCAGCAGCAAACCAAACAGGAACAAACAGUCCAAGCCCCUCAGCUGGCCCUGUCGCAGCCAAUCCAGCUCACAGCCCAGGACAUCCAGCAGCUGUUGCAGCUCCAGCAGCUGGUGCUGAUGCCGGGUCAUCAUCUCCAGUCUCCUGCUCAGUUCCUCCUGCCUCAGCCAGCACAGGCACAGCAGCCGCAGCAGGGUUUGCUCUCGACACCAAAUCUGAUCCAGCUACCUCAGCAAAGCCCAGGGGGACUCCUGACGUCCCCACCCCGCCUGGGACUCCAAGCACAGAGGGAGAAGAGCAGUGAUGUUGUCGGUGGAAGCAGCGGUGGCGGCGGCUCUAUAGUCGCCACCGGCAGCAGCGGCGUCGGCGUCGUGACGUCUGUCGGAGCCACCUCGGCGUCCAGCAGCGUCAUGACCUCCCCGCUGACCUCCGGGAGCCACGGGGGCCACGGGGGUCACAUGGGGGACGAGCCCAGCGACCUGGAGGAGCUGGAGCAGUUCGCCCGCACCUUCAAACAACGACGCAUCAAGCUGGGCUUCACCCAGGGAGAUGUCGGCGUGGCGAUGGGCAAACUGUACGGCAACGACUUCAGCCAGACCACCAUCUCCCGAUUCGAAGCUCUCAACCUGAGCUUCAAGAACAUGUGCAAGCUGAAACCGCUGCUGGAGAAGUGGCUGAGCGACGCAGAAACCAUGGCAGUGGACAGCAUGCUGCCCAGCCCGUCUUCUCUCUCCUCCCCCAUGCUGGGCAUCGAGGGUCUGUCCGGCCGCCGCAGGAAGAAACGCACCAGCAUUGAGACCAACGUGCGCGUGAUGUUAGAGCGCAACUUCUGCAUGAACCAGAAGCCUACCUCGGAGGAGAUCCUGCUCAUGGCGGAGCAGCUCAACAUGGAGAAAGAGGUGAUCCGCGUUUGGUUCUGCAACCGCAGGCAGAAAGAGAAACGCAUCAACCCGUCCAGCAGCACCACCCCUCCCCUGCCCAGCCAGACCUCGCCUGUUGUGACACACAAAGCCCCGUGCUACAGCCCGCACAUGAUAUCGAGUCAGGGACUGUCCCAGGUCACCACCUGUCUCAGCACAACAGCCGCCAGCUCUUCAGCUUCCUGCCCCAUGACUCCCGUCAGCUCAGCUGCAGUAGGCUCCACCUCUUCUUCUGUGACUCCGCCUCCUCAUAGCACAGCUAGCCCCGCCCCUCCCAGCCUCGGGGCCCACGGGCUCAACACCGGGAACACAAUGAUGGGAGUAAGCACAGGGAUGAACCAGGCCCUCAUUGGCAGCAAUCCCCUGGCUACCAUGCAAGCUCUGGCGGCCAGCGGCGGUCAGCUGUCCAUGUCCGGCCUCGAGGGGAGCCCACACGCUCACAUGCUUCUGGGCGGACCCGGGGGUCCCGCUGUACCUCCUUCCCUCCGCCCCUCCCUCUUCCUCAACCGCCCCACCCUGCUCCCCAUGGUGACCUGCUCAAUGGCGACCACCUCCACGCCCACCCUGGGAUUGGUCAGCAGUGGCGUGGGGAGCGGCCCAAGGCUCUCCUUCUCCCAGUCUCCGCCCCCUGGCGCCGGCGACCUCAUGAGCCCGACCUCGUGCCACGAGGAGUCCGCAUCUCCUUGUUCAAGUCCCGCCUCUUUCUGUUCCUUCAGCGAAGCAUCGCCGCCACCCCUGGGAGGGGCCAUGGCCGAGUGA